AUGAAAAAGCGAAUGUCAUGCCGGCGCAAGAUCAUGGCGCGCAUCAAGAUGCCUUUUAUCAUCGUAUUGCCAAACCGUAGCUACCAAGCCAUUGUCGAGACAAAUACGUCCCGUUUGUCGAGGUGGCGAGAAGCUUCUCAGAAGGUUUUCUAG